UGUAUUCACAUUCAGAGACACUCCUCCUCUUCACAGAUAUAAAAGCAGGAGGUAAACAGAUCCAUGGGCAGAGCUGCAGCACGGCAAUGGAGAAUCCACAAAGAGGGACAUAUGACAAAUUAUCAUUUAUACCAACGUUUUCUGAUGUUUGUUCUCGCUAUAAAAACUUUGGACAAGGUAGAGAUGGAUCUAACCGAGUGGUUCUACUUUGUCUGAGUCUGUUGAACGUUGUUCUGCUGAUAGCUGCUGUUGUUAUCGGGAUUAACUGUGCCAAAGUCAGAGAGGGCUCUCUCCAGGUUUCCCACUGCGCUGCAACACAGCUCAUCAAUGAGCUCAACUAUAACCACAGCGAUGUGAUCAAGGCCGAAGAGGAGGCCAAGAACGCGUUACAGAGAGCGCUCACAAACCAUGCACAGAUAAAGGUGAACAUUGAGCAGCAGAAGACCAUCAAUGACAAUUAUCAGAGACAGAUGCAGGCACUGCAAACACAGAAGACAAAUCUGCAGUCCAAUAUUUCGGCUUUGGGAACCUGUGGCAGAUGCCUCUCCGGAUGGUUACUUCACAACUCAUCCUGCUAUUUCUUUUCUUUCACUGAGUCCUCCACUGUAAAAAAGAGCUGGCCAGAUAGCAGAGCAGACUGUAUCCGUCGUGGAGCCGACCUGAUUGUGAUUGAUAACCUGGAUGAGCAGAAAUUUGCGAGCGGCACCAUUGAAAACAUGAAAAGUAGCCGUGAUAAUUGGUGGGAGAACGGAUUCUGGAUUGGUCUCACUGACACAGAGAUAGAGGGGAAAUGGGUCUGGAUUAAUAAUGUCACCGAGGUAGAACAAAGGUACUGGAUUGAUGGAGAACCAAAUGACCUUGGACACCUGGGAGAAGACUGUGGGGUUAUCGUGUAUACCUCAGAUAAUCCCUGGAAAACCCGUUUUGAUGCCAUUUGCCUGCAGAGAUACAAGCAUUGGAUAUGUGAAAUGACAUCAAGCUAGAAUCAGGAAGUUCUGAUGAGAAAACGAAAGCAUAUUUGGAAAGGUCUUGAAUAAAAUACAUUUAAGAUGUG